UUGUAUCUUCAGCUUGUUUUAUAAUUUGUGCGGGUGAUUUUAAGAGAAUAAAUAGACGCAUUUGGUGUACCGAGUGUCGUAUGUGUCAUGUCGGAACUCGUUACAAAGAAAUUACUAGGGGAGCUAGUAAAAAAAUCAGGUUGUACAUAUUCGGUGGAUAAUAUAAUUACUAUCUUUCAUAACCGCGAUGGAAAACAUAGCAACAAGCGACUUGUAUCGCUUUUGGCGCAAUUGUUCAAACCCAUUCCGAAUGGAAGCAAGUACGUCGAACUGUAUGCUCCCUCGAAUACAAAAGAAUCCUUUCCCUCGUUAGUGAUGGUUUUGAACCGAUUUGCGAGCGAUUUGAAACACGCACACGCUGAUAAGACCAACAGCCUCCGGCAACAGCAAGAGGAGCAUCCUGUUACGCAGCCGGCAGUUAAAAUUGACUCCAUUGUAGCAACUACCGAAUCGGUGCACAAACGUGGGACGCUAUUCGAAAGCCCUCCCCUCUGCUCGACCCGCAUCAGCCCAGAUCAAGUGACACCGGAAAAUGUACAACAAAUCAAGGAAAAAAUUGUACAGGCAACGUCCGGCGGUGUUGGUGUGACCCGUCUGUCGACUUCGACCGCCCUUCCGUCGGAUGGUGUUAUUUCAUCACACCUUCAGAACCGUCCGUACUUUGAGUUCUCCCACCGGAAGGCUCCCAUCGUGGCGUGGAACUUCAACUACGACGAGCUAGUCCCGCGACAGAGCAAGUCGAACGUAGCUGCCAUUCCGGUUGCCUCACAGGAACCGAUCGUGCUUAAGGAGGUCCUCAAUUGCUUGAUCGGUGUGAAGGGUUCGUUGAUCGUGCCGAAAAAAUGUGCCACGCGUAGCGAGGAAGGUUUGCUGUUGUCUGAGAUGGAGUUCGAAAUCUCAAACCAACUGACCGAGUCGUGCUCGGACAUGGUGAAGGAGUUGCUUCCUCUCGUGACGAACGUGGCCUGCGUGCAGCAAUUCAUCGAAGAGUCGAGCAUCCUUGAGGGUGGUGUCGUUUUGCAGGCCCUCCGCUCCGUUCUGAAGUCCAUUAUGACCGACUACUUUCUCUCGAUAGCGCAGCUGGAUGAUUUGCGCUGCCGGAAGGGGCUGUGCAUACAACGAUUACUGCAGUUCCUGAAGCCCGUGUUUCCCACGAUGGAAGAGCUAGCGGCGACGGUAGCGGAAAUUCGACGUACAAAUAGUCGCGGUGGGCAGGUUUUGACGCUGCUGCACGAUAGGAUUACCGCCACCAGUGGCACAAGUCACGCGCAACGUGUUUUGGUACACCUUAUCGAAUCGGCCGCCGUCCCGUUUAUGGAGAUGCUACAGCUGUGGAUUUACCGCGGAGUGAUCAACGAUCCACAGCAGGAGUUUCUCAUCGAGCACAGUGCCGUGGAGUUGACCGAAAACGAUCUGGUAGACUACUGGGAGAAGCAGUAUUCCACUCGGUGCGACAAGAUACCCUGUUUUCUUGCCAAGUAUGCCGAUAUUAUCCUGCGCACCGGAAAGUAUUUGAACGUCGUGCGCGUCUGUGGAAGUGCAGACUUUCAACCGGUCGCAAACGGCAUCGACAACGGUUAUGUCCCGGAGGAUUCGGCGAAACAGCUGCUUCGCUAUAAGCAUUUCGACCAGUCGUAUAUCGAUGCUAUCGAGGAAGCGUACAAUGUGGCAUCCUCCUCGUUGCUGAAUCUCAUUAUGAACAAAUAUGACCUGAUGGGUCGGCUGCUUUCCGUGAAGCGCUACUUUCUGCUGCAACAGGGUGACUUUAUUACCGAGUUUAUGGAUGCCGUCGAGGAGGACCUCAAGAAGAACGUGGAUAGUCUUCAUCCGAUCCGAUUGGCAAACUUGCUCGACGUGACGCUUGGUCUGUCGUCCGCCAAGUACGACGAGUAUCAUGACGAUUUGAAAACGAUGCUGCUCCCUUACGGUAUCGUAACCCAAAUCUCGAAGAUCGUCAACAAGGAGGACGCAUUCGUCGAUACACUCAGCGACACGUCGCAGCUGAAGGGUAUCGAGUGUUUCACCUUUACGUACAAAGCACAGUGGCCUGUUUCGAUCGUGCUGAACCUGUGGACCAUCUCCAAGUACCAGAUGCUGUUCCGCCAGCUGUUCUAUCUGAAGUACGUCGAGCGGAUACUGUGCCGUGUGUGGAUCGCAAACAAUGAAACACGCCGCUUCGCUCCCAAUCCGGCCAAGUUGUACCGGUCCGCGUUUACCUUGCGUCAGAAGAUGCUUAUCGCUAUUCAGGGCUUUGAAUCGUACAUGAUGAUUGAGGUGAUCGAACCAAAUUGGCACAUUUUCUAUCAGAACAUGAAACAGGUAAACAAUAUCGACGAUGUGUUGAACUAUCAUCAAGAUUUCCUGGACCAGUGUCUGAAGAACUGUAUGCUAACCGUGCCAGAUUUGCUUAAACCUAUCAUCAACUUAUGCAACAUUUGCAUUAAGUUUUGCGAUUUUCUUGCGGAGUCACAGCGCCACUUUGUCGAUGCCGAGCUGACAUGCAUGCUUGCCUCGAGUGAUGACUUCUCACUGUCUUCCGAAUCCGAUUAUGAAUUACACGCUUCGCAACAGAAUGCUACUUCAAUGGAACCGACGGAAACAUUCUCAGAGCGGGUUGAACAGUUCCGCCAAGAUUUUACCAACCAGCUGAUGACGCUGUUGCGAAAGAUUACCGACGUUGCAACGCUGAGUACAUCGGAACGGUUUAUAAAUUUGAUUUACAGGAUCAACUUCAACUCCUACUACAGUGAAGCGAAUGAAAACUAAUAGCUACAGAAAUAGCAAAUUAUUUAUUUUGUAUCCUGCAAAUAAUAUUCCAAUGGAAUCUGAGCUACCACUAUGGAAUCCACAUAAUAACAUCCAGUGCUAACAUCAUGCUUAAUAAAAAAUUGUUAAAA